UAGUCGUCCCAAGCCAGCAAUAAUUCUGUCACUGGAUAUCCUCCUCCCAUUCUCUUAUCCUGUCUCUUUCUCAGAGAAGUUUGUAAGAAAGACAUCAAUGUUAUUGCCUUAUCCUUCAAAUUGCCAAUUCUUGGCCAAGAAAGCACCAGCAACUUCAUCUACAUUUUCUCCCUUCAUUCCUUACUGUUUCUUGAACAAAAAAAAAGACUCAAUCAUUCAUAAUUCUCUCUUGCUAAGCUUAUAGCUUCUGCAAAGCUGAAGUCACUACAUUAGUUUGAAUUGAACACUGAAUCAUGGCAACAGAUCCUGCAGGCAGGAGGAGUUCCAACACGCAGAUUCUGCAAGAACUCGAGGCGCUUAGCGAGUCGAUGUACCAGUCCUACACCUCAACCACAGCUCGACGGACCCUACCAUCUCUGCCGUCGGUGACAAAGAUGGGGCGACCGCCAACCCAAAGUCUAGGCCCAGGCGCAUGUCGUUGUCUCCCUGGCGGUCUCGGCCUAAGCUCGACAACGAAGAAAAUGAUCAGAGAGGAACCAACAAGGCAUCAUCAGCAUCUAAAGAAGCCAACAACAGGUGGGCUGAUGAACCAGCUGCAUCAUCAGAGAAGAAAUCGAUAUGGAACUGGAAGCCGAUUCGUGCGCUUAAGCAGCUCGGCAUGCAGAAGCUGAGCUGCUUGUUCUCUGUUGAAGUUGUCACAGUUCAAGGCCUUCCGGCUUCCAUGAACGGGCUUCGCCUGUCUGUUUGUGUUAGAAAGAAAGAAAAUAGAGACGGGGCGGUCCAGACGAUGCCAUCCAGAGUCUCACAGGGGGCUGCUGAUUUUGAGGAGACUCUAUUUAUAAGGUGCAAUGUUUACUACACUCCUGGCAGUCGAACACGCAUGAAAUUCGAACCACGUCCCUUUCUGAUAUACGUGCUUGCGGUUGAUGCUGAAGAGCUGGAUUUUGGACGACGUUCGGUGGAUUUGAGUAGCUUGAUUCAAGAAUCUAUAGAGAAGAGCUCUGAGGGUGCAAGAGUUAGGCAAUGGGACAUGAGUUAUGAUCUUUCCGGCAAAGCUAAGGGAGGUGAGCUUGUUCUGAAGUUGGGCUUUCAGAUCAUGGAGGACGGGGGCGUUGGAAUAUACAAUCAGGCUGAGGUGCAGAAGACAGGCAAGACCAGAAGUUUCUCACCAUCGUUUGCCCGGAAGCAGUCGAAAUCAUCCUUCAGUGUUCCAAGUCCAAGACUGUCGAGUCGAGCUGAAGUCUUGACUCCUUCACAGCAAGGAGCAGCAUCAGAUCUUCAAGGAAUUGAUGACUUGAAUCUCGAUGAGCCUGCUCCAGCACCGUCAGUUCCUCCUCAGUUGCAAAAGCCUGAGGAACCGGAGGCGAAGAUUGCUGAUGAUAAUGAUCUCCCUGACUUUGAUGUUGUCGACAAGGGGGUCGAAAUUCUGGAUAAAGUCGGUGAGGAAGGCGACGAGCCUGAAGAGAAUUCAGAGAAAGGAUCAGUGGCAAGUGAGGUUGUCAAGGAAGUUGUGCAAGAUCAGUCCCACCUGACAAGAUUGACAGAGCUUGAUUCGAUUGCUCAGCAGAUAAAAGCUCUUGAAUCCAUGAUGAGGGAGGAGAAAGAAAUCAAGACAGAUGAAGAAACUGCAUCACAAAUAUUAGAUGCAGAGGAGGAUAAAGUGACGAGAGAAUUUCUUCAAAUGCUUGAGGAUGCAGAGGGUGAUAAACUCAACGGUUAUGAUGAUGAAAUUCCUCCUCUGAAGCUGGAAGGCUAUGAGAGUACAGAAGAGACAGAAUCCGAGGUUUUUCUGCCCGAUCUUGGGAAGGGAUUGGGAUGCAUCGUUCAAACAAGGAACGGAGGCUACUUGGCAGCAAUGAAUCCUCUGGAUACCGUAGUUGCAAGAAAAGAUACACCAAAACUAGCAAUGCAGAUAUCGAAACCGUUGGUUCUUCAAUCAAACAAGACUGGUUUUGAGUUAUUCCAGAAGAUGGCAGCCAUAGGUCUUGAAGAAUUGACCUCAGAGAUCUUCUCAUUGAUGCCUAUGGAUGAACUCAUGGGCAAAACAGCUGAGCAGAUAGCUUUUGAAGGCAUUGCUUCGGCAAUAAUCCAGGGAAGGAACAAAGAAGGUGCUAGCUCAAGUGCUGCCCGCACCAUCACCACCGUCAAGUCCAUGGGAACCGCCACUAGUACAGGCAGAAAGGAAAGAAUUUCAUCCGGGAUAUGGAAUGUCAGUGAAGAACCGGUGACGGUUGAUGAGAUUUUAGCAUUCUCAUUGCAGAAGAUAGAGAGUAUGGCAGUGAAUGCUCUGAAAAUUCAGGCAGAUACAGCUGAUGAAGAUGCUCCAUUCGACGUUUCACCACUUGAUGCAAAAAACAUUACGCCUAGUGGGAAAGUUUACAAUCACAUAUUAGCAUCUGCUACUCCAGUUGAGGACUGGAUCAAAGCUACCAACACAAAGGGUUCUUCAUAUGAUGGUGUGGACUCUGAAGCCAUAACGAUGUCUGUGGUUGUCCAGUUACGGGAUCCAAUCAGGCAGUAUGAGGCAGUGGGAGGCCCUAUGCUAGCACUGGUUCAUGCAACAUGCGUUGCAGACGACUCGUCCAAUAAUAAUUAUAGUGAGGAGAAGAGGUACAAAGUGGCAAGCCUGCAAGUUGGAGGCAUAAAAGUGGGAAGUUCAGGGCGCAAAAACGCAUGGGAUGGCGAGAAGCAACGGUUGACAGCAUUGCAGUGGCUUGUAGCAUAUGGGAUAAUAAGGGCAGGGAAGAGGGGAAAACGUCUAACGUCAAAGGGACCGGAUCUCUUCUGGAGCACGUCAUCCCGUGUAAUGGCUGAUAUGUGGCUCAAACCGAUAAGAAAUCCUGACGUCAAAUUCACCAAGUAAAGUUCCCAGUUUUUUUGGCCUAAACAAAGUGAGAAGGCCGAGUUAUUUCAUUCUUGCAUGUCUGCUGCACAUUCUUUCUAUUAAAAUGAAAAACAAAAACAUAGUUCGGCUUUUAUGUAAAGAUCACUGACUUAUUCUCAGUAUUUACGUGUGUUAUACUAGAAGAACGGACAUCGUUCAAACAUACAUUAGCAGCUUUCGAUAACUCAAAUCAUAUAUAGUUUUACGUUUUAAUUAUCGUGUAUGUAAUUUACCAAACAUCAAACAAAAGAAAUGUGAACGGCAUUGCUCUUGUGUUAUCCUGUA